AGACCUUUUCUUUCCCCACCCCCUACUAACCCACCUACCCUCAAUUACCCACCUACCCACUAAUACCACCCUACCCUCACCUUCAGUUCUCUCCAUAGACUAUAUCCAUAAACUCAACAUAUAAAUACACAAUAAAUAUAAGAUCUUUUUCCCAUAUUAUUCGGUGACGUACAAACUUCUUUAUUCUUUAAGUUAUUGUAAUUACACCUUACACUUGCAUAAGAAUCAAAAGCUAACUCUUCUGGGGUUUAUGUGAAUUCUAAGCUUGUAAUGAGCAUCUUUUUGAUAUCAUAGUCGCCUAUGGGGGUAUCUAUCAUGGCGGUGGCGACAUCUAAGAAAAAGAGUGUCUUUGUUGAUGGGGUAACAUGGGGAAUAAAGGUGAAACAGCUGCCAUUUAUGGGGAUCAUGUGUACAGUUAUGUUGUUUAUUGUGUAUAGGACCACUAAUUAUCAGUAUCAACAGACAGAGAUAGAGUCGAAGUUAGACCCCUUUUACUCUUCAAAGGAUUCCGAUGUGGAUAUCACACGUUUGAACAGUUUGCCUCGUGGUAUUAGUCAACCAAGCUCAGAUCUGGAGUUAAUGCCUCUUUGGUCUACAAGUGGUUCGAGAUCCAAGGCUAGCAUUUCUAGCUCUCGCAACCUGUUGGCAAUUGCAGUUGGUGUUAAACAAAAGAGCAAUGUCGAUGCUCUUGUCCAAAAGUUUCUUUCAGAGAAUUUUACGAUCGUCUUGUUCCACUAUGAUGGACAUGUUGAUGGCUGGUGGGACCUCCAAUGGAGUAAAGAAGCCGUUCAUAUUGUUGCAAACAACCAAACAAAAUGGUGGUUUGCGAAGCGGUUCUUACAUCCUGCUGUUGUUUCUAUCUACGAUUACAUUUUCCUUUGGGAUGAAGAUUUAGGCGUGAAGAAUUUCCACCCUGGAAGGUACCUCAAAAUUGUGAAAUCAGAAGGAUUGGAAAUUUCUCAGCCAGCCUUGGAUCGGAACUCAACUGAUAUACAUCAUAGAAUCACAAUAAGAAGCAAGAAAAAAAGGUUCCACAGAAGAGUGUAUGAUAGUAGAGGUAGCACAAAAUGUUCAGAUGAAAGCGAAGGUCCGCCAUGCAGCGGAUUUGUGGAAGGAAUGGCUCCAGUCUUUUCAAGAUCUGCUUGGCUGUGUGCUUGGCAUCUUAUACAGAAUGAUCUUGUUCACGGAUGGGGAAUGGAUAUGAAACUUGGUUAUUGUGCACAGGGCGACCGAACCAAGAAAGUGGGAGUAGUUGAUAGUGAAUAUAUAGUCCACCAGGGCAUUCAAACUUUGGGAGGGCCAUCUUUGAAGAAGCGUUCAAAUCUUGAAGAGUCUGUGAAGAGACACGACGUUGACGUGCGAUCCGAGAUUCGAAGACAGUCAACGCAUGAGCUACAAAUAUUUAAGGAUCGGUGGGAGCGAGCUGUUGAGGAAGACAAAAACUGGGUGGAUCCAUUUGAAGCUAGCAGACGGAAACGUAGACAACGGCUUAAACAAAUACGAAAAUUAAAGAUUAAGCUAAAAGACGAUGUUUAACGGUAAGCAAAGACGCUAAUACUGCUUGAUCAAAGACAAUAAUACGAGGUUAAGCUUGAGCCAAAUAUCAUUAUCGUCAUGUCACUUGACCGCACCCGUCAAGUUGAGACUUGUAAAUUAUUAUUUUGUAUAGGCCUAUUGAAUCCCAUUAUUAGUUCAUUGUUUCAUGGUUGUGAUAAGUUCUCCAGCCUUUUUUUUAAUAUCAUUUUUUAUUGGAGAAAAAUUGGAUGUGGGCCCAUUUUGUGGGUCCGAUCCCACCUUGUGACAUAGUGACAUGUCAGCUAGUUCGAACUGUAUGGGGAGUAUAUAUUCGUAGCUACUACAGUUUCUUUGUGCACAAUGUGAUAUGAUUUUAGGGGCCGUUGGUUGAUUUUCUUGAAUGAGUAAUUUCAGCAUGGAAUUUUGCAUUAGACAUA